UAUCUCUCUAUCCUCCGGAUAGGAUAAGGAAUGGAGAAGGCCACGUGCCCUGGCGCCAUACAAACUAGGCUACUAGGCAUAGCAUUACACAACGCAUAUUUUAUAGUACCGAUACACAUCAUCAUAUCCAACUUCGUCUUCUAUUACGUGGCUUUAAUCCACCGACAAAUCCGCCGCCGUGAUAGAACUCGUCGCGCUGGCAAUUGACUACGAACAUAUGCCUCUUAUCGACGUUAAAUCCUUGGAGACGACGAUUGAUACAUGGCUGGAAAGGGUAGAAAUAGUCAAUCCGGCACCGAAAAGGCGUACCGACGACUUUCGAAGCAGCGCAGGCAUGGCCUCCCCUCCACGAAGCCUUAGCCCCUCAAAGCGACAACGAGUCAGCUGUACCGAUAAUGAUGCCGCCGCCACCCCUCGCCCUACCAAGAUACCAUGUACAAGCAUCCACGAUGACGUCUCCGACAUAGUGUCGUUGUCCAUAUCACAGAUAUCUGGGCAGUCGGGUCAGUCAGCUAAGCGGUCGGGUCAGUCGGGUCGCUCCAGCCCUGUUAAGAAGGAGGCGGCGAUGCGACAAGCUAGUGAGCUGCCGCUUAGGCGCAAACCCCUGGACGAACUCUUAGAAGCAGAACCCCAAUUUCCGGAUCUGGUUCAGUUCAUUAAAAGGUUGGCGGAUUUGAAGGACAAGGAGGGCAUCCUUCCACGUGUCCUCGAACAACAUAUCCGAUCUCGAGCAACCCUAAGCGACCCUAUCCGAGACUGGAUGUUCUCGCCCAGGCCUGAAGAGGAACCCCCCGAGUACCAACAUCACAAUCUCUAUGUAUAUGAACGUGUCCGGAGGAUCUGUAAAGCCAGCCAACAGUGCAACGACGCGGCACAUCCGAUCCACGAGGUGGAAUGGAACGACAAAGUUCACGCUGCUCUAUUGGAGCUGGCUCUUGACACGGCCGCCAUCUCCAACCCAACGCGAUUGCUGGUGUACCACAACAUCACCAAUGUUCGGCUAGCUAAAGAAUUUCAGGAUAGGGACUUGUUGCUUAAAGAGAAUAGGGUCGACUACGGCAUAUUCCUUGCCCCCGACAGCGAUUCAGAACUUGGGCAGCGGAUCGCCAUGCACCAACGUCGUCAGCGCGACUCAGCUAAUGCACUUGAGUCCCAUUCUCAACCUCAACCUCAGCUACACGCCCUGCAUGCAUACGAACCCGAUCGCCCCCUGGCUAUUAGUAUUGAGACCAAACGCAAUCGUGGGAAUGAUGGCCAAGCACCGAGCCAGCUGGCGAACUGGGCUCGUGCUCACUUCCGCGCCAUAUCUGAGACCCUAAGGGCUUGUCGCGAUAGUGAUCAUGUUGGUGAGUCAAGCGGCUUGGUACACCCUCUGAUUGAGCUCGACGGCACUGCCUGGCAUAUCAGUUUCGCCAUCCGAGAGGGUCGGCACGUGACCGUGUACUCGAGUGUCCGAUUAGGGUCAACCGAGACCGUAACUGAUUGUUACGCCUUGUUGCGUUGUUUAGAGCAAGUGGCCUGGUGGUGUGCAAACCCUCACUGGAACUGGUGGACUAAAAUAUUACAGCGUUGUGGUUAACGCCUGCUGUCCCAGAUAACGCUAUCGUUGACAAUGGGCACAGCAUCAGAUCAACCAUGUUCCUGGGUAUCCAACCAGCGUGGCUGCAGCUCCUGUUCAAUAGUACCGGGGGUGUAAACUGAAUGUAGAGAUGAGAGGUAUUGACUAGGUAUUAACCGGUUAUUAGAGGCGAGGUUCGAGCAGCGACAGUGCGCCAGCUGAGCAAUCAGGGGCUUCGGGCGAUUAAUAGCCAAUCGUGCCCGUUCUCGCGGUGGAAAUCGCCCGAAAUCGCCCAACCGUCCCCCGCCAGACUGCAGCAUUACUAGAGACAUUGAAGAAGUCCUGCGCCGUUGCCCUGGCGGUGCGACGAAAUUAAGUUGCUGUGCAGUUGUCUUCGGUUUAUUGUACCCCCCAGACAGCAAUUGAAGAGUGCAGAGCUUGUCUCAUGUCGGGCGGUCUUACAGGUGCUGGCCCAAUCGGAAGAGUCAGAAGAGAUCAUAAAGGGCAGCGCGACGUCGGGUCUACGUCGAUCCGAAAAGGCUUCGUCAAGCGAUCACCUACCUACCUAUCAUAUAACAUAGGUAGGUGCACAUCAUCCUCACCCUAGGAUAGCUAGGAUACACCACUUUAUGUAACUGUGUGGUUUUCUCAUCUAAUUAUAGAGAUUCCCUUCUGCCACUCCUAUGCUAAUUAGCUUGCUAAAAAUAAAUACUUUCCG